AUGAAAGAUAUCGCACUGUCAAUCCUCCUCUUGAUUCUGAUAACCGUCUUGAUUCUAUACAAACGGCAGCGAUCAAGAUCACAGCAUGAAAUGGAGCAAUUGAGCUCGAAGUUGAAUCAACUGAAGACGAUGGAGAACGACUUUGUGGAUGUUCAGCAGAAGUUCGAAGAGGAACGAAAGAGGAGACAGUCCGUGUGUGAGGCUAUUGUUACUGAAAACGAACAAAUGGAAACGCUGCGUUCUCAGUUACUUGAAGCAGAACGCCUAUUGGAGAGUACCAGUUCAGCGCCACUUGCGUUACAACCUUUGUUGAGGAGGACUUGUGAACUGGAGAUGAGUUAUGUGGGCCAACAGCGAUUGGAGUGUAUAACGGAGAUGCGUGAAGCGAUCGAGUUGAUCGAUAAGCUUCGAAAGAAACAAUCCAGUUUAAUGUCAUCCAUCAAAUUGGCCACUGGCGGUUCAACGGGUACCGAUCAAAUCGACUCACGAAUUUUCUCUUUGAAGUUGGUUUUGUCAUGGAUGUUGACCGAGAUUAUUCACUGCUUAGUUAUUGUUUACCUGGAUUACCUGGAUUGA